CCAGGGCUCCGCCGCGACCCCGCCGGCCUAGCUGUGAGGCUGACGCGAGAGUCUUGAAGCCUACCUCAGCUCAAAAAGAAAAAUGAAGUACAUACUAGUUACCGGUGGUGUAAUAUCAGGAAUUGGAAAAGGAGUCAUUGCCAGCAGUGUGGGUACAAUACUGAAGUCCUGUGGCUUACAUGUAACUUCAAUUAAAAUUGAUCCCUACAUUAACAUUGAUGCUGGAACCUUCUCUCCAUAUGAGCAUGGUGAAGUCUUUGUGCUAGAUGAUGGUGGAGAAGUUGACCUUGACCUGGGAAACUAUGAACGAUUCCUUGAUAUUCGCCUUACCAAGGACAAUAAUCUGACCACAGGGAAAAUAUACCAGUACGUCAUUAACAAGGAGCGCAAAGGAGAUUACUUGGGGAAAACUGUCCAAGUUGUCCCUCACAUCACCGAUGCAAUCCAGGAGUGGGUGAUGAGACAGCCUUUAAUCCCUGUAGAUGAAGAUGGCCUGGAACCUCAAGUGUGUGUCAUCGAGCUUGGCGGAACAGUAGGUGAUAUUGAAAGCAUGCCCUUUAUCGAGGCCUUCCGCCAGUUCCAGUUCAAGGUCAAGAGGGAGAACUUUUGUAAUAUCCACGUCAGUUUAGUUCCUCAGCCAAGUUCAACAGGGGAACAGAAGACAAAGCCUACCCAGAACAGUGUUCGGGAGCUUAGAGGGCUCGGGCUCUCCCCUGACCUGGUGGUAUACAGGUGCUCAAAUCCUCUUGACACAUCUGUGAAAGAGAAAAUAUCAAUGUUCUGCCAUGUGGAACCUGAACAAGUGAUCUGUGUCCAUGAUGUCUCAUCCGUCUACCGGGUCCCCCUGUUGUUAGAAGAGCAAGGUGUUGUAGACUAUUUUCUUCGGAGACUGGACCUUCCUAUUGAGAGGCAAUCACGAAAAAUGCUGAUGAAGUGGAAAGAGAUGGCAGACAGAUAUGAUCGCUUACUUGAGACCUGCUCAAUUGCCCUUGUGGGGAAGUACACCAAAUUCUCAGACUCAUAUGCCUCUGUCAUAAAAGCUCUAGAACAUUCUGCAUUAGCCAUCAACCACAAACUGGAAAUCAAGUAUAUAGACUCCACAGACCUGGAGCCCAGCACCCUGCAGGAGGAGCCUGUCCGCUACCAUGAAGCAUGGCAGAAGCUCUGUAGUGCUCAUGGAGUGCUGGUUCCAGGAGGAUUUGGUGUUCGAGGAACAGAAGGAAAAAUUCAAGCAAUUGCCUGGACUCAGAAACAGAAAAAACCUUUCUUGGGCGUGUGUUUAGGAGUGCAGCUGGCAGUGGUUGAAUUUUCAAGAAAUGUUCUGGGAUGGCAAGAUGCCAAUUCUACAGAGUUUGAUCCUAAGACCAGUCAUCCUGUGGUCGUAGACAUGCCAGAACACAACCCUGGGCAGAUGCGCAGAACCAUGAGGCUGGGCAAGAGGAGAACCCUGUUCCAGACCAAGAACUCAGUCAUGAGGAAACUCUACAGUGACAUAGACUACUUGGAAGAGAGACACCGCCACUGAUUCGAGGUGAAUCCAGUCUUGAAAAAGUGCUUGGAGGAGCAAGGUUUGAAGUUUGUUGGCCAAGAUGUUGAAGGUCAAAGGAUGGAAAUUGUGGAGUUGGAAGAUCACCCUUUCUUUGUUGGGGUCCAGUACCACCCCGAGUUCCUGUCCAGGCCUAGCAAGCCCUCUCCACCCUACUUUGGCCUACUCCUGGCUUCUGUGGGGCGGCUCCUGCAUUACCUCCAGAAAGGCUGCCGGCUUUCUCCCAGGGACACUUACAGUGACAGAAGUGGGAGCAGCUCCCCCGACUCUGAAAUCACAGAGCUGAAGUUUCCAUCAAUAAAUCAUGACUGAUCCCUAG